CCUGGCAUGUUCCGCCUGCCUCCCGCCAAGGAAUGUUAAAUAUAAGACACAUACUAAGAAUAUACUUAAAACAGAAAUAAUGUAAUCCAUAAACUGAGGACAGCAGGACACUAACUUCUCACCAGGACAUAGCCCCAGACCUUGGCGGUGGAACCAGCCUUUCCCACGCCUUCCCAACCUAACCACCCCCAUCUUCCUUGUGAAAUUUUAAAUAGUAUUGAAAAUCAUAAAUGAUUAGUGACGCCAUAGAAACCACACAAUGUCAACGAAAGGAUCCAGUAGAUUUGUUUCAUUCUGGGCACUUUGUAAAAAUAUGUGCCCCUAUGGUCCGAUAUUCAAAGUUGGCUUUCAGAACUUUGGUCAGGAAAUACAACUGUGAUUUGUGUUAUACACCAAUGAUAAUUGCUGCUGAUUUUGUCAGAUCUGUGAAAGCUAGAGACAGUGAAUUCACAACAAGCAAAGGUGAUCGCCCACUGAUUGUUCAGUUUGCUGCUAAUGAAGCACAGGUUUUAUCUGAUGCUGCCCGUAUCGUCUGUCCUUUUGCAGAUGGAAUAGACCUAAAUUGUGGCUGUCCUCAGAGAUGGGCAAUGGCGGAAGGUUAUGGUGCUUGUUUAAUAAAUAAACCAGAGCUGGUUCAAGAUAUGGUGAGACACGUAAGAAAUCAAGUAGAGAACCCCAGAUUUUCAGUAUCGAUUAAGAUAAGAAUCCAUGAUGAUCUAAAGAGAACUGUAGAUCUCUGUCGAAAAGCUGAAGCAACUGGAGUUUCCUGGAUUACAGUUCAUGGGAGAAAUGUAGAAGAACGACAUCAGCCAGUACACUAUGAUGCAAUUAAAAUAAUUAAACAAAAUCUGUCUAUACCUAUUGUAGCUAAUGGAGACGUUAAAACUUUAAAAGAUGCCGAGAAUAUUCAUCAUAUGACGGGGACAGAUGGUGUAAUGGUUGCUAGGGGGCUUUUAGCCAAUCCAGCCAUGUUUGCAGGAUAUGAAGAGACACCUCUGAAGUGCAUCCAGGACUGGGUUGACAUUGCUCUUGAACAUGGGACUCCUUUUACGUGCUUUCAUCAUCAUUUAAUGUACAUGAUGGAACGGAUAACUUCAAAACAGGAAAAAAGGGUUUUUAAUGUUUUAUCAAGCACCUCAGCCGUUCUGGACUACCUUAAUGACCACUACGGGGUGUAAUAGCUUUUAAAGUAUUUUAAUCAUGUGAAUAUUGCAUUUUAUAUUUUAUAGUUGUGGGUACUUUGUGAUAGUGAUAGGUUUCCCCACGCUUAUAUUUAUUAGUCAAAAUCACAGUGCAUUGGAAGAUCUCAUGCAGUGUAACAUUACUGGACAUUUCUGAACUGAUCAUAUUAUAUUUUUAUAUUAACAUUAUUUUCAACUCAGGAAACAUUCAUGACUUGAAAAUAGCUUUUAUAUAUAUAUGGCAACGCAUUACCAUACACAGAAUUGUGAUGCUGUAAGCAAAGUGUCUUAUGAGAAAAUAAAUUAUAUAUGCAGUACCCAAGUGCUUUCAAAGAUCACUCCCAAUGCUGCUACCCUUACUCAUGUGAGUAGAAGGGCCACAGGAACAGGCUCAAAGGGUAUUAAACAGAAUUAUAUAGAAUUGUUCCUUUAAUUGAGAAAAGCUCAACUGAGAAGGCCAGCUAGUAUUUAUCUAAAGUGAAGAUUCAGUUUUUAUAUUUGGUUUUAAUUAUGUGGGCCCCUAAAUCACAGAAGAGAAAGGCUUCACACAACUGCCCCUCUUUAGGGUCAGUGUCCCAUUUGCUGCUCUGAAGGCCUGAAAUCCCUUAAACUGGCAUUGAACUUAGAGUUCCAGAUUUUCCUAGCCAAGUGGAAGAAAAUUAAUAUAUUAAUACAAUAAUAUAAUUAAUAUAAUAAAUAAUAUAAUAAACCUCCAUUAAUUUUCAAGUGGAAGAUAUGUCUAUUUAAUGUUAAGUGAUACUAUAAGUCCAGAAUGAAUUGUUUUGGUAACUCAGGACUCAGAUCGGACCUUGAAUCAGUGCUUGAAAUUAAGCAUGUGCUUGUUUUGUCCCCUUCACUUCAAAAUAGCACUUCACUUCUCUGCUUCAAGUUAUACAUGUGUUUAGGUACCUUGCAGACUUGGGGCACAAAAUUUAAAAAGAUUUGUUCAACAUGCACUAUGUACAGUAUAUGUUCCUAAGAUCAAGUGGGUAAGGUGAUAUCUUUUAUUGGACCAACUUCUCUUGGUGAGAGGUAAGAUUUUGAGCUUACACAGAGCUCUUCUUCAAGACUGGGAAAGGCACUCAGGCCAGGUCUACUCUACAGACCUAUCUCAAUAUAACUACAUUGUUCGCAUGUGAAAAAUCCACAUCCCUGAGCAACAUAGUUAUAUCAAUCUAACCCGCUGUGUAGACUGCGCUAUGUCAGCAGGAGAGUUUCUCCCAUUGACAUAGCUACCACCUCUCAAGGAGAUGGAUUAGCUACGAAACUCUCCCAUUGACUUCACCAAGACCAACUCCUCAGAGUGUUACAGCUAAAUACAAAGUGGAACAGCUAAGGAGUUAACACAUCUUGCAAGAGACCAUUCAAGAUGAAGUGGGUAGAUAUCACCUCUACAGUCAUAGGAUAAAAGAGGUGUUAGUAGGUUGCAGAUUUUUGUAAUGAGCCAUAGAUCCAGUGUCUUUCUUAAGUACAGUAACUCCUCACUUAAAGUCAUCCCGGUUAACGUUAUUUUCUUGUUACGUUGCUGAUCAAUUAGAGAACAUUCUCGUUUAAAGUUGCACAAUGCUCCCUUAUAACAUUGUUUGGCAGCUGCCUGCUUUGUCCACUGCUUGCAGAAAGAGCAGCCCACUGGAGCUAGCUGGUGGGGGCUUGGAACCAGGGUGGACCAGCAGCCCUCCCUAUCAGCUCCCCAUUCCCCUAAGUUCCUGUGCGGCAGCCGCCCAGCAGGCUAUCAAUUGCUGGCGGUUCAGCUGUCCCUUCCCCCACUGCCAUGUGCUGCUCCUGCCCUCUGCCUUGGAGCUGCUCCCGGGAGCUUCCUGCUUGCUGUGUUGGGGCAGGGGGGGAAGGGGGCUAAAGUCAGGGUGUCCCCCUGCUCCUGCCCCCCCCCACUUACCCCAUCUCCAUAGAGCAGGGGGCGACACAACAGGGCUCAGGACAGAGGGAGCUUGCUCCCAGCAGCUGCUGUCUCAACUUGCUGAUCUACUUAAAAAGGCAAUGUACUUAAAGUGGGGUCAGCAUACUUAAAGGGGCAAUGCGCAUCUCUCUCUCACACACAGGGUGUGUCUCUCUGUCUCUGUCUGCCAUACUGUCUCCACUCCCUCCAUUUGUGCUGCCUUGUAGAGUGUGAGGCUACAUUAACAACAAUGUGUUAACCCUUGAGGGCUCAGCGGAGUACUAGUUCAUCAUUUAGCAGUAAGGCAUUCCCUGGGAAAUAUCCCACCCUCUGACUUCACCACCUCAACCAAGCUUCACAAUCGUCAUUGCUGUGUACAGUAUUAAAUUGUUUGUUUAAAACUUAUACUGUGUGUGUAUGUAUGUAUGUGUGUAUUUAUAUAUUAGUCUUUUGUCUGGUGAAAAAAAUUUCCCUGGAACCUUACCCCCCCCCCCCCCCCAUUUACAUUUAAUUCUUAUGGGUAAAUUGGAUUUACUUAAUGGCAUUUAGCUUAAAGUCGCAUUUUUCAGGAACGUAACUACAACGUUAAGCGAGGAGUUACUGUACAUGAUUUUUGGUGUCUAUCAGUUAUGAAUUUAAGUUCCCAAGCUUGUCUUUUGAAAGUGUUGUGCAGGUUUCCUUUGAGGACGAGGACAGAGAAGUCAGUUACGGAGUGAUUAUUUUGUGAAAAGUGUUCACCCACCCCAAACACAUCACCAAACUCAACCAUUUAAUCCUCACCCAUAACAAUUUUACAUUCAACAACAAAUAAUUUACCCAAACCAUGGGAACAGCCAUGAGUACUGGGAUGGCUCCCCAAUACAUCAACCUUUUCAUGACUACCUUAAAGAAGAAUUUCUGGACAAAUCCACUACAAAAUCAAUGAUAUACCUGAGAUAUAUUGAUAAUAUAUUCAUUUGCUGGACAGAUGACCAGAAGAACUCUCUGUAAGCUCAAAAGCUUGUCUCUUUCACCAACAGAAGUUGGUCCAAUAUAUUAUUUCAUACACCUUGUUUCGCUAAUAUCCUGGGACCAACACUGCUACAACAACACUCCUAAUAAUAUAUGUUCCUGUAUAGUGUAUAAUAAUGACAUGACAGAAUGUAACCGGGUAUAGCAGGGCCCCCUUUGCUCCUACCUCUGCUCUGCUCCAAAAAACAUUCAGAGACCUUGUGGCUUAGCAAUCACCGGUGCAGUUUAUUUACAGCAUGCACUCGCACCACACACAGCUUGGGGGUUUCAGCCUUAAGGACUCAAUUUCUACAACCAAGCCACUCCUACUCUCCUUCCACUCUCUGACUUCCCCCUUUCCGUCUGUCCCCUUGGCUUUUUUCCUCUGAGGUGUUUAUGCAGCCCCAGGCUAGUUAGGCUGGCAGCUGUUUCCCCUUUGCCAAUUAGGCACAGGUUUCUCUAGCCAGCUCCAAUCUACCUCCUGUAAUUGGAGCUGGCGUGACAGAGGACUACUCCUGUAAUUGGAGCUGGCGUGACAGAGGACUAGCUCAGCAGUUCAUACCCAGCACCCUGUCACAUAGAAAUAGGAUAAAAUCAGUGCGAGUAAGAAGCAGUCUUUCUUCUGAAUUACACCAGGAAAAAAAAAAAAAUUAAACCUGGUUCUCUCAGCCAGGUUUUAACAAUCUUGUCUUUUGUUCACCCAAGCAUGAUUGUCACUACGCACUGUUUUUUUCAUAAGCAAAAGGUAGUGAAAAUUAGAACAAGGUAGUAACAUUCUGCACCUGGUACAAAUUUGAGUCCAAUGUAAUGAAGAUUUUGAACAAAAAUCACGUUUCAUAUGGCAUAUGUUUAUACAGAAAUUCAUGCCAGUAAGUGGUAAAUUAUAAUGAAUUAGGAGUUUGUUGACUUUCAUACCUCUGGAAGUAUCAAUAUAAUUACUGGUAAAUAUAAAAAUAUUUUCUAAUUGUCUGAAUCAUAUAUGUAAUAAUUUUGUAAGUGAUUGGACCUGAUUGGGGUGGUGUUCUGGUUCCCCCAACCCCAAGUUUUAUUUUGGAAUAAAUGUUUGUAAUGUGAGACACUUAAAAUAUGGCAGCAGAAAAGAGAGUCAUUCUUUAGUUUUAAUAAAGUAUGUGCCACUGCUGAGACAUUACAAUAGCAUUAUGUAGGUUUAUUUAUUGAAAUAAAGACAGUUUACAAUUUUGA